AUGUCUGCUGCAGCUGGCUGCUGCUCUGCACAGCCUGUGAAAGCAGUGGUGGGGGGCUGCCGCAGCAGGUGGCCGCAUGGCCGCCGUGUGCCUGGAGCCUCAGCAGCCUUGCGCGCCCAAGCCUGUUUGGAGGAAGCCCAGCGAGCUGAGCAGCGACAGGAGCCGUUGCAAGCUCAGCGGCGCUUCGAAGAAGCGGCCCAGCUCUGGUCUCGGAUCUGUGGCCGGGAAGCCCUUGCAGCGGAGGCUUGGGCUGAGGCUGGCCGCCUGCGCCUUGAGCUCGGGGCUCCUUUGGACGCAGUGGUCGCCUGCGAGCACGGCCUCCGACUCAGUGCACGGCACUGGCGCCUUGGCUUCCUCAGCGCGCUGGCGCUGGAGUCCAUCGGCCUGCUCAGCACCGCCGAGGAGCGGCUCCAACAGGCAGCUCGGCUCCUCACCACCGAGGUGGCCGCGAAGGAGGCGCUCUCAGCUGUCCUGGAGGCCUUGCGCAGGGUCCGAGCACGGACUGCGCAGCUUCAGGCAGGAGAGCCACAGGCACUCAUGGAGGAGAUUCAGAGGAUGGGCUCCUUACUGGGUGACAAAGAGGCGGGCUACUGGAUAAGCAGCGUGGGAGAGUGCAGCCGCAGCGCAGAGGGCCAGGCAGAGCUUGUCCAUAAAGGUUUCCUGGAUUCAUCGCAGCGUGACAUGAAGCAGCCGGCGGCAGUGGCAAGAAAAGCGAGCCUGGUGGCAAUGAGGUACCGCGUCAACAAGAAGCUGCAGCGUUACCUUUCCGGAGCCGGGCUGCUGCUCGGAGUCGCUGAGCAAUGUGUACUUCCGAAGGCUCUUCGCCACCCGGGGGCCUCGGAGCUUCUCGGCAGUGCUGCAGAAGUGCUGAAAACUCGGCGCCUAGCUGUGGUCGAUGGUGCAUUCCCAGCAGAUGCGAUUGCACAGGUGCAGUCUGAACUGAGGAUGCUUCGAAGCGAGCAGGUUCUGCAGAACGACGUGAAUGACGUCUGCAACCCACUUCAGGAGGCGAAAUACCUCCCAUAUGGUGCCGACGAUGCUGCAAGUGCUUUCCGGGCCAGGUGCCCCAUCACCAUGCAGGUCACUCGACAACUUGCCGGUCUUGCAGCAGUCCUAGAAGAGCUUCUAGGUCUGGACCUGGCAGUGCCGCAGUCGGUCAUGGCUGCUUGCUAUCCCCCACAUGCGUCCUACAAGAUGCACCUGGACAGCUACUUCUUGCAGGGAUGUCCGGAUGAUGUCCCGCGCAAAGUCACCGUGCUGCUGUACUGCAACCACGGCUGGAGCCCCAAAGUUGGCGGAGAGCUGCGGGCCUGGGGACCUUUUGAUCAAGGCCAGGGCCCGGCGCAGACCAUUGAGCCGCUUCCAGGGCGCAUGGUGGUUUUCCUGUCAGAGGAGAUCUGGCAUGAGGUCCUCGAGUCGCACGGCGAGCGGUUUGCGCUGACGCUGUGGGUACAUGACCGUGAACGUGCAGAGCUAGGAAAUAGUUGA